UGGCAUCUCCGCUAUCCAAUCGCAGCGCGGUGCGCUCGGAUCGGGAGCCUCGGAGAUGUCGCUCCGCGCCGUGCUCAGGGCUGCCGCCUCUCUGCCCCGCUACAGUCCGGGGCUGCUCCUCCCGUCGCCGCCGGCCCCUUCUCCAUCCGCCGCCAUGGCCACGCUGAACCAGAUGCACCGGCAGGGCCGCCCCGCGCCCCCUCUCCGCAAACUGGGGCCCACUCUGGGCCGCCCCCAGAUCAAGGGCGUGGUGCUGAAGAACCUGAUCCGAAAGCCCAAGAAGCCGAACUCGGCGAACCGCCGGUGUGUGCGGGUGCGGCUCAGCACCGGCCGCGAGGUCAUCGCCUUCGUGCCCGGCGAGGGCCACAACCUGCAGGAGCACCACAUCGUGCUGGUGCAGGGCGGGCGCACCCAGGACCUGCCCGGCGUCAAACUCACUGUGGUGCGGGGGAAGUUCGACUGCGCCCACGUGCAGGCCAAGAAAUGAGGGGGGGUCCUGGGAACGCGCCCUGACCCUGGGGUCUCCAGGCAGGAACGCGCUGGCCCCGGGUGUUGUUCGGAUUAAAAGUUGGAGGUGA